GUACAGAAGGAAAUAAAUCGAGUGCGCAUUCACAGGCACAGAUCAAAAUGAUCAUAGCACAGACAGAAUACUGCGCUCAUUGACUGGAAAUCUUCAUUUUAUUAACUUAAUUUAUUAUCCCAAAAUUAUAUUAAGCCUAUUAUAACAUUGAGAUAUAAUAAGUGCAUAUCUGUUAUUGCAGCCCCUGUAAUAAACGGUCCGUUUUUCUGUCUAUGAUCUCAUCCCUGCCUAGAUGAUAGGAGGAGAGAGAGGAGGGACGGAAACAUAUUAGACAGAGCACUCUUCAGUAAAUCUACGGUUCUCUUGUGUCUGUCUUUGCGAGUGAUCAUCUGAAAUGGCAACCAGUGUAAAGAGGCCGUCCCUGGGUCCGGUCCCUCCCCCCAGGAAGAAGUCCAACCCCAAGACAGAGCUCACUGAGGAGCUGAAACAGGAGAUCAGAGAGGCCUUUGAACUGUUUGACACCGACGCCUCCGGAUACAUCGAUGUCAAGGAGCUAAAGGUUGCUAUGAGGGCGCUGGGGUUCGAGCCGAAGAAAGAGGAGAUUAAGAGGAUGAUAACAGAGGUGGAUAAGGACGAAACAGGAAAGAUCUCCUUCUCUGACUUCCUCACCGUCAUGACUCAGAAGAUGGCUGAGAAGGAUUCUAAGGAGGAGAUCCUGAAAGCAUUCCGUCUGUUUGAUGAUGAUGAGACGGGGAAGAUCUCCUUCAGGAACCUGAAGAGGGUCGCUAAGGAACUGGGAGAGAGCCUGACUGACGAGGAACUGCAGGAGAUGAUCGAGGAGGCAGACAGGGAUGGAGACGGAGAGGUGAACCAGGGAGAGUUCCUCCGCAUCAUGAAGAAGACCAGCCUGUACUGAGACUGGACCAGGGUGUUGUGGGGUAGAGGGUGAUGUGGUUAGAAGACCAGCCUGUACUGAGACUAGACCAGGGUGUUGUGGGGUAGAGGAUGAUGUGGUUAGAAGACCAGCCUGUACUGAGACUAGACCAGGGUGUUGUGGGGUAGAGGGUGAUGUGGACCAGCCUGUACUGAGACUAGACCAGGGUGUUGUGGGGUAGAGGGUGGUGUUGGGGACAUACAGGGGCAGAGGAGACUAUGGUUUGGUUUGACAUGUUAUGUACUAGUCAAGUCAUUACUCAGUUAUCCAGGCCUGUCCUAGUUUAAUUAUACAACUUCCUUUCCUCGUCUCCUUCCAUAUCUCCUUGCUGUCACAACCUUUCAUCAGUUAGAGAAGAGCUAUAAAGAAUAUCUUUCUCUUAGUUAGAAUGCUGGUGGAGUCCCAAAACAGUGCUUUCAUCUAUCACUACCCUGUUUCAUAUUUCAUAUGUGUCAUCGUGAAGGUUAAUGGGACAAGGGCAGGAAGCUCUUUAGGACGACUAGGGUCUACCCCUAGACAUUCCCUCCCCUCCAACACCCACCUCCUCUACCCCUAGACAUUCCCUCCCCUCCAACACCCCCCUCCUCUACCCCUAGACAUGCCCUCCAACACCCCCCUCCUCUACCCCAAUACAUUCCCUCCCCUCCAACACCCACCUCCUCUACCCCUAGACAUUCCCUCCCCUCCAACACCCCCCUCCUCUACCCCUAGACAUUCCCCCUCCUCCAACACCCCCCUCCUCUACCCCUAGACAUUCCCUCCCCUCAAACACCCCCCUCCUCUACCCCUAGUCACC